AUGCUGUCACCACUCUUUCAUAGUGCCUACUGGCCUAUAUUGUGCCUACGGGGCUAUGUUGUGCUGGGGUUUUACUGCCUACGGGGCUAUUUACUGCCUACGGGGCUAUUACUGCCUACGGGGCUAUUACCUGCCUACGGGGCUAUUACUGCCUACGGGGCUAUUACUGCCUACGGGGCUAUUACUGCCUACGGGGCUAUUAUCUGCCUACGGGGCUAUUAUCUGCCUACGGGGCUAUUACUGCCUACGGGGCUAUUUACUGCCUACGGGGCUAUUAUCUGCCUACGGGGCUAUUUACUGCCUACGGGGCUAUUUACUGCCUACGGGGCUAUUUACUGCCUACGGGGCUAUUAUCUGCCUACGGGGCUAUUUACUGCCUACGAGGCUAUUUCCUCUAGGUGGCUGAGCCGAGUCUACGUGGCUGCGCUGGCAGCCCUGACGGCGGCGGUUUAG